ACAACAAACAUAACAUAAACGAAGAAGACAGAAAAAAUACGUAUUUCAAGUGGAUCAAGAGAAUAAAGAAAUUACAAAUUUUUAUCGACGGCAAUAAAUUCAAUUUUUUGUACAAUUUUUUUAUAUUUAUAGAAGUUUUUAGAUUCAAAAACAAUAAUGAAUCCACAGGGAUAUGCCCAGCAACCACCGUAUCCCAGCCAGCCGGGUUAUGAACCUGGUCCACCACCAUCAAGUCAACCCUAUGGCUGGAAACCAAACCCUCCCGCCGAUAAUAUACCUUCACCAGCCAGUGGCGGUUUCAUAGAUCCAGAGGAUUUGCAACCUAAGAAUUUUUCAUUUAAUGAAGCCAGUGUACGCAAGGGUUUCUUACGUAAAGUCUACCUCAUUUUAAUGGGUCAAUUACUUUUUACAUUUGGUGUAGUGGCACUAUUUUUAUUCCAUGAACCAACAUUGAAAUUUUCCCAAAGGAAUCCAGGCCUAGUAUUGGCAGCUUGCAUCAUAACUUUGGUGGUUGUAGUGGCUAUGGCCUGUUGUGAGUCAGCACGUCGUACAUUCCCGACUAAUUUUAUAUGUUUAAGUAUAUUUACGGCAGCCGAAUCAUUCCUAGUUGGUGCCAUAGCUGGUCGUUAUAAUGCAGAAUCGGUAUUUUUGGCGGUUGGCAUUACGGCCAUACUCUGUUUAGCAUUGACUCUAUUCGCUUUUCAAACAAAAUAUGAUUUUACUGCCUGUGGUGGUUUUCUACUUGCUGCCAUGGUUGUUCUCUUGAUAUUUGGUAUUGUUGGCAUGUUUUGGCGUGCUCAUAUUAUUCAAACUAUUUAUGCCGGCUGUGGUGCUCUUUUGGCCUGUGUAUUCCUUAUCUAUGAUACACAAAUUAUGAUGGGCGGUGAUCACAAAUACAGCAUUAGUCCUGAGGAGUAUAUAUUUGCUGCCUUGAAUCUUUACAUGGAUAUUGUACGCAUUUUCUUGUUUAUUUUACAAUUAAUUGGCAAUAGAAAUAAUUAAUGGAAAUAUUCUUAAAACAUUCCAAUGAUUUGCACCCACUGUGCUAUUGAGAAUCUUGAGUUUUUUUAUAUUUUGAUUUAAUACAUUUAUGUAUUUAAUUAUGUGUAAAACUAUGAAUUUAUAUAUGAAGUUUUUUUUCUAAUUUAAGCUUUUUGCGUCUCAAUUAUUAUCUAUUCUAUGUCAUAAUUAUUGACUUAUUUAUUGCGUAAUUUGAGUAUGAAUACUAUUCCCUAUAUUCAUAAACGACUCAUAAAAUUAUUGAUGGUUUAUUACAGAAAAUGUAUUUAUUAAAUAAAUCAUUAAUAACUUAAUGAAUUUUAGGGGUAAAUGUAUGAAUAAGAAUUUAAUUGUAAAUUAAAGUUGUUUACUUGUAACAAUAAUAAUUAACCGAAUUUUUAAAAAUAA